AUGGUUGCCUUUUCCCGCUUAUCUACCGGUCUUUUGGCUCUUGCAGCCCCUGCGUGGGGCAACGUAGUGCUGGAGAAGAUCCAAGCCGUGCCAAAUAGCUGGUCACUCGUCGAGGAAGCAGACACUAGCUCGAACAUCACCCUUUCUAUCGCUUUGUCGCGCCAAAACCUUGAGCAGCUCGAGUCUAAGCUACUGUCUGUGUCUACCCCUGGUCAGAGCACUUACGGCCAAUUCCUUGACAUCGAUGAAGUCAAUGCUCUGUUCCCCCUUACCGAUCACUCGGCGGUGGCUUCUUGGCUUACUGAGGCGGGCGUCACCAAUAUCUCACGUCAGGGCGGUUUGAUCAGCUUUGCCACUACAGUCGGGACGGCCAACAAGCUGCUGAACACCACUUUCUCGGUCUACGAGAAAGCAGGGACUCAAAAGGUGCGGACUACCCAGUACUCGGUUCCAGACAGCUUGAGCGGUUCCAUCGACUUGAUUUCGCCAACUGUUUUCUUCGGCAAGACUCGCGCCGAGCGCUCUGCCUCCUUUCAAUCUCUGAAGGUGGCCAAAAGAUCAAGCAGCAGCUCCUCUGUCUCCCAGCAUAUUACUCCUGCUCUGCUAAAACAGCAAUACAAUAUUGACUAUACCCCUAAAGCAUCGUCUGGCAGCAGAAUCGGUUUUGGAAGCUUCUUGGGCGAGUCCGCUCUGUAUUCGGAUCUCGAUCUGUUCACCGAGCGAUUCGGCAUCCCGCAGCAGAACUUUACAGUGGAGCUGAUUAACGGUGGCGUGAACAAUCAAACCUACGACGGGGGUGAAGCCGACCUGGAUGUGCAGAACAUUGUCGGACUCGUGCAUCCUCUGCCGGUAGUGGAAUUCAUUACUGCCGGAUCUCCCCCGUUUAUUCCCAACGUCCUACAGUCUACGGACACAAACGAGCCCUACGUGGAGUACUAUGAGUAUCUGUUGGCCAAGUCCAACGACGAGCUGCCGCAGGUUAUCACAAACUCCUAUGGUGACGACGAGGAUACUGUCCCUUAUGCCUAUGCUACUCGCGUUUGCAACCUGAUUGGCUUGAAUGGUCUACGCGGUAUCUCGGUCCUUGAAUCUUCUGGCGAUUCUGGGGUCGGUGCGGCUUGUCUUUCUAAUGAUGGAACAAACACCGUUCAGUUCACUCCCUCAUUCCCCGGCACAUGUCCCUAUAUCACGGCCGUCGGUGGUACCCAGGACAUUCCCGAAAUUGCCUGGGUCGAUAGCAGCGGUGGCUUCAGCAACUACUUUGCUCGGCCAUCCUACCAAGCCGCUAAGGUUGAAACAUAUCUGGAGAAGCAUAUCUCGAAGGCCGUGAAGAAGUAUUACACCCCCUAUGUCAACUUCAGCGGUCGGGCAUUUCCGGAUAUCUCCGCAUUUGGUGGUUCACCAUACUAUGAAACUUACGUGAACGGUGAGCUUGAACUCAUUGGGGGCACUUCGGGUUCCAGCCCAGUUGUCGCUGCUGUGAUCGCGCUUCUCAACGAUGCUCGCCUACGCGCGGGUAAGCAUUCACUGGGCUUCCUGAACCCCUGGCUGUACUCGAGUGGAUAUAAGAGUCUCAAUGACAUUACUGGAGGCACGGCGAGUGGUUGCGAUGGCAGUCACGCCGGUGCAGGCUACAUCCCAUGGGCCAGCUGGAAUGCUACUGAGGGUUGGGAUCCGACCACUGGUCUGGGAACUCCUGAUUUCGCUAAGCUGAAGAAGGCCGUGUUGGCUUUGUAAGAAGUUGGACAAUCAAAUAUGUG